CCAAGCCGAGUACAGUACUGUGCUGAGAGCUAAAGGAGAAGGACAAACACUGCUCCGUGUGGAUUAUAAGACUGCAGAAAGGGGGGAACUGCGCAGAGACAUGGGGACUACAAUUGUAUACACACGCAGCCACCCCAUCUGCAGCUCAUGCAGUAACAUCCAGCGUGGAGAUCAGUACUCCUGCCUGGCUCUCUGACACAGGAUGGACGUUCCUGAGCGCUGAGAUCAGCUGCUGUAAAAAUCAAGUAGGAAAACAUACAGCUGGAUAAAAUUGAUCAUGAUCAGUAGAUAGCAUCUCACACCAUGACCAUGGCUCCCCGGAAAAGAAAUCGUCAUGCUUUGGGCUUUCUUUGCUGCUUCGGGGGAAGCGACCUCCCUGAAAUCAACCUCAAGGAUAAUAACCCCCUCCAGUUCCUGGAGUUCUCUGUCCCAAUCCCACCAGCGGAGGAGCUCAAUGCUAGGUUCUCCGAACUUGUGGAUGAACUGGAUCUCACGGAUAAGAACAGAGAGGCUAUGUUUGCACUCCCGCCAGAGAAGAAGUGGCAGAUUUACUGCAGCAAAAAGAAGGAACAAGAAGACCCUAAUAAACUUGCUACCAGCUGGCCGGAUUACUAUAUUGACCGCAUCAACUCCAUGGCUGCAAUGCAGACCCUGUACGCUUUUGAUGAAGAAGAAACAGAAAUGAGGAAUAAAAUAGUUGAAGACUUGAAAACAGCUCUGCGGACUCAACCCAUGAGGUUUGUGACCAGGUUUAUUGAGCUGGAUGGCCUGACCUGUUUGUUGAACUUCCUGAAGAGCAUGGACUAUGAGACCUCAGAGAGCCGCAUACACACAUCCGUUAUAGGGUGUAUCAAGGCACUGAUGAACAACUCCCAGGGACGGGCACAUGUGCUGGCCCAUCCAGAAAGUAUCAAUAUCAUCUCCCAGAGCUUACGGACUGAGAACAUCAAGACCAAAAUCGCUGUGCUGGAGAUCCUCGGGGCUGUUUGCCUGGUGCCGGAUGGCCAUAAGAAGGUCCUACAGGCCAUGCUUCACUACCAGGUCUAUGCUGCAGAGAGGACAAGAUUCCAGACAUUGCUGAAUGAGCUAGACCGAAGCAUGGGGCGCUACCGGGAUGAGGUGAAUCUCAAAACGGCCAUCAUGUCCUUUAUCAAUGCUGUUCUGAAUGCUGGCGCGGGCGAGGACAAUUUGGAAUUCCGAUUGCACCUGCGAUAUGAGUUUCUGAUGCUGGGAAUUCAACCUGUUAUUGACAAGCUAAGAGGACAUGAAAAUGCAACAUUAGACAGGCACUUAGAUUUCUUUGAGAUGGUGAGAAAUGAGGACGAUCUGGAACUUGCCAAGCGGUUUGAUGUGAUUCACAUUGAUACAAAAAGCGCCUCUCAGAUGUUCGAGAUGAUCAAGAAGAGAUUGAAGCACACAGACGCCUAUCCCUAUUUGCUAUCAGUCCUUCAGCAUUGCUUGCAGAUGCCUUAUAAGUGGAAUGGAGGACAUUUCCAGCAGUGGCAGCUGUUAGACAGGAUACUACAACAAAUCGUUCUUCAGGAUGAGAAAGGGGAUGAUCCAGAUAUAGCUCCACUGGAUAACUUCAAUGUCAAGAACAUCAUUAAGAUGCUGGUGAAUGAGAAUGAAGUGAAACAGUGGAGGGAUCAGGCAGAGAAAUUCAGAAAAGAACACGCAGAGCUGAUGAGCAGACUGGAAAAGAAGGAAAGAGAAUGUGAGAUAAAGACCCAAGAGAAAGAUGAAAUGAUGAAGACAUUGAACAAGAUGAAGGACAAGCUACAGAAAGAAUCCUUGGAACUGCGCCAGACCCGGGACCAAAUGACAGACCUGGUAGCUCAAUUCAAUGAGUUCUCGCAAGGAGGUGGCAUUUCCUUCACACACCCUCCCCCACCCCCUCCUGGUGGCCCAUUAGCUUUGCCUUCCUCUCUGAUGAUGGAGUGUUUGCCCCCGCUGCCACCUCCACUCCCAUUCUCCAGCUGUCCCCCUCCACCUGCUCCGCCUCCUCCACCGGGAGGGCCACCUCCCCCACCUGGAGCCCCUCCUUUUUUCAGCAUGGGGAUGAUGCCCCCUCCUACAACCACCUUCAGCAGCAGCGGGACCAGCCUGAGGAAGAAAUCUAUCCCACAGCCUUCCCACCCACUGAAAUCCUUCAACUGGGCCAAACUGAGUGAGGAGAAGAUCCAUGGCACAAUCUGGCAUGAAAUCGAUGACUUAAAGGCUUUCAGGGUGCUGGAUCUGGAGGAUUUUGAAAAAAUGUUCUCUGCUUAUCAAAGACACCAGGACCUGCUAACUAACCCCUCCUCCUGUAAGCAGAAAGAGAUGGGCUCAACUGAGGACCUAUACUUGUCCACACGGAAGGUUAAAGAGCUUUCUGUUAUUGAUGGUCGAAGGGCUCAGAAUUGCGUCAUUCUCCUCUCCAAGUUAAAGCUGUCAAAUGACGAAAUCAGACGGGCGAUCUUGAAGAUGGAUGAACAAGAAGACUUGGCCAAAGAUAUGCUGGAGCAGCUGCUGAAGUUUGUUCCUGAGAAGAGUGAUAUCGACCUGCUGGAGGAACAUAAACACGAAAUUGACCGCAUGGCCCGGGCUGAUCGAUUCCUCUAUGAAAUGAGCAGGAUCGAUCACUACCAGCAGCGGCUGCAGGCGUUAUUCUUUAAGAAGAAGUUCCCAGAGAGGCUGGCAGAAUGCAAGCCUAAAGUGGAAGCCAUUCUUCUGGCCUCCAAAGAACUCACCCGCAGCAAGCGCUUGAAGCAGCUCUUGGAGGUUGUCCUGGCUUUUGGCAAUUACAUGAACAAGGGCCAAAGGGGAAGUGCAUAUGGCUUCAAAGUCUCCAGCCUGAACAAAAUUGCAGACACCAAAUCCAGCAUAGACAGGAAUAUUACACUGUUGCACUACUUAAUUAUGAUCUUUGAGAAGAACUACACAGAUAUCCUAGACAUGCAGUCUGAGCUGCAGCAUCUUCCGGAAGCAGCAAAAGUCAACCUGAUGGAGCUGGAGAAGGAAGUUAACAACAUAAAGACUGGAUUGAAAGCCGUUGAGGUUGAACUGGACUACCAGAAGAGACGCAUGCGGGAAGCAGGAGACAGGUUUGUGCCUGUCAUGAGUGACUUCAUCACUGUGGCCAGUUUCAGCUUCUCGGAGCUAGAAGACCUUCUGAACGAGGCUAAGGACAAGUACGCCAAGGCGCUGAAGCAUUUUGGAGAGAAUGAGGGCAAGAUGCAGCCAGAUGAAUUUUUUGGCAUCUUCGACACCUUCCUGCAGUCGUUCACAGAGGCCAAACAAGAUCUGGAGAAUAUGAGGAAGAAGAAAGAGGAGGAGGAGCGCAGGGCACGCAUGGAGGCCAUGCUGAAAGAGCAGAGGGAGAAAGAGAGGCGACAAAAGAAAGCAAAGGCCGGCAGCAUCUCUGAGGAGAGUGGGGAGUUCGACGACCUGGUGUCAGCCCUCAGGUCGGGCGAGGUCUUCGACAAAGACUUAUCCAAGCUCAAGCGCAACCGUAAGCGUUCAGGGAACCAAGGCUUGGAGACGAGUCGGGAGCGUGCGGUGACCAAACUAAAUUAUUAACAACAAAAGGAAGGAGGGGACGUUAAAAGAAAUAGAACAAACCCAAAGAAGAUGAUGACAAAGAACAAAUGAAGAAAGAUGAAUGUGUGUGACAGCAAUUGGCUGAUGGUUGCCCCCAAGGUCUCCCCCAGCCCAUAGCUAGAGAUGUUACCUUUUCAUGACCAACUUUCCUCCCGUCCCACACCUCCUCCAUGCGCCUAAUGUGGAAUGGCUGUAAAAGUGCCUCUGUGGAGCCAGCAGGGUUUGUGACUGGGCCAUUUGGAUCGUUGGCUGAUUUGCUUCUGGGAGUCUUGCCUCCAAGCUCAGCAAAGGCCUGUUGAUGACAACAGAAAUCACUUGGGCCUUGUGGACCACUCGGCAGCUGGGGGAAGAUUGUUCGCUGUGUGCCAAAGUACAAACAAGUAGUGUUCUCCAUCUGUUGAGACUAAGCAAGACCAUUACAUCUCAGGCUGGCUCUGAACAAACCUGACACCUUCUCGAGAUCUGGAGCAACCUUCGGGAGUUUGCCAUGGAGUUCCUUUCCAGAACUGGAUUUAUAAAGAGUCAUUGAUGAGAAUCUGAAAAAUGCUUUUGAUCUCAUGUACUGUGUAUUUUUAUUUGUGCUUUUGUGGCCUAUAGUAGCCAAAGCAAAUGACGCUCAGAGGGGAAGGAUGGGGUUUGGAAAUGAGAUGGAAUCCUGUCUCGAAAUCCAUAAUCAGAAUUGAUGAAACCAUUUACAAAACUUUUUUUUUUGAAUUCUUUUUUUUUUGUUAAAGCCAUUUUCUGGAACCUGUUGAAGCUUCUAGGGAUGUUCUAGAACCUGAAAAGUUGGGAGAGAGUGAAAUACAUGUUCUAGAAUGGGUGCUCUGCGUUGGAGUCUAGAAAAUGAAUCCACAGCCGAUCGGGGCCAGAUCCAGAUGCUCUUAGAGCCUACUGCCAUUGCCCAAGGGUAGGAGGGUAAUAGCCACCUAGUGCUAAUAAUUUCACACUGCUUUUGCAUCAUUUUGUUAGUGCAACCCAGUGGAAAUUGGGAACUGUAUGGGAUCAUCACAAGGUCCUAAAUAAAGAUAGUUAAACGAGAUCACUGACAAUGGAAAUGGGAUAUUUUUUUCCACUUGGUGCCAGCUACAACUUUAUUGGAACGAACUAGAGCUUGCAUCUAGGAAGUUGGCCUUCUCAGCAAACCCCUGUGGGAACCAUAAAACAUCAUAAUAUGUGAUGUCAAAGGACAGCCAUGUUCCCCAGGGUCUUUUCUACUUGGAAGAUGAUGUUUGCAAUGAAGGUGCCAUAAACAAGACAGGAAUUAAUCAGGAGGACACAGAUCUGAAUGGGUCGAGGGCUUUGAAAAUUAGUGUUUAAUUAAUAGGAAUUUUUGUAUUAAAAAAUAAAAAUGUAAAGCACACAGCCAAAAACAAACAAGCCAACAAGAAAGACACUGACUAUUUUGUUGCUAUGUCUGUUCACCUUCACGACUCUAGAAAUGAGACUAACUUAUGCAAGUUGUCACGGUUUCAUUUGUCUUGUCUUCCUUAAGUGAACUUUUUGGUUAUCUUUCCACGGAGAGAAAAAGGAGGAGAAAGAAAGUAGUAUUCUGGAUGUGAUACUAGAUGAGAGAAAGAGACCCAUCUUCCACAAAAUAUGCAUUAAAAAACAAACAGCAGGAAAUCUUGUAGAAUCUGGAGGAAGUCAGAAACAGAUCAGUUCGUCACUUUAAUUACUUGGCUUUAUUUUUCUCCAAAUGUCACUUAAUCUCAGGCUCAGCAUUGAGUCUGCAGGACAAAACUCCAUGCCCCAGGCACACUGCCUGAUCAGUAUUAUAUUCAGACAACAUCGGGGAAACACACUGUGGAGGUUCUCUGAACUCUUGGAAGGUUAAAUAAUUAUGUAAACUAUGGAGAUAAGAAAAAAAGUUUAACUGUAAUGUUUACUGUAUUUUGAGUCUCCCACCCUAGAAUUUCCCUAUUGAUGACAUUCCAGACCACUGCACUUCUGCAGAAUACUCAUGGUGAAGAGUUGGUAUCUUACAAGAGCUGCGUGCAUUCUCCUUCAGUAUUAUUCCCUUCCCCCUUGAGGAUUAGCAGUUAACAGAAAUGUCCAUUGUGGCAGACCCAGGCACCUUUUAGGAGAGAGAUUUUGUAUUUUCAUACCGGGUUUUGAAAGUUUAAGGAAAAAAAACUUACAUUUGUAAGCAAUUUUUUAAAAACUCCAAAAUAGAUUUUUAAAAAAUGUCUUUUUUUUUGUAAAUUACAUUCACAAGCUUCUUGCUGCCUCCGUACUAGAUCAGUGCUCUGUUCCAACACUAUUUUCUUAAAGCAUGCCAUAUAACCCACCCUGUGAGAGCCAUAUGAGAUUGUAAUAGGUGCCAGAUUGGUAUACAUUGAGUUUAGUGUUUGGUAGUCUCCAAAUUCCAAGUCUGAGAUUUUUAAGGAUUAUAAAUAUUGGGAUUUUUUUAACCUGGUUUAUCUUCCCUGGUUUUAGUGCUCACUCACUAAUUCAGUUUAGUACCAAGGUCAGAUUUCAGCCCUGGUGUAAACAGGUGUGACUCCAUGGUUUCACUAGAGUUGUACCCUCUUGGCCCCCAGUCUAAGACUAAUCCAUUUUUGUAAGGAAAAUUCAACAGGGGUUGAGAUAUCAAAGAGAACUCAGCUCAGGGGAAGAGCCUUGAAUUUAUGAGCUAACAUCUCCCCACCCUGUACUUAUCACCAGCAGGCUUGCGUUAGGCUUUCUGACACUAGUCACCUUGCACUGCCAUGAAUGUAGCAAAGGCAGAGAGGGGGAGGUUGUUACAAAGAAACCCACUGUCCAUUGAUCAGAAUUGCACAGUCCAGCCCAAGAUUUGCAGAGAUCUCUGUGCGAGAGAGUCGAAGGGAGCCAGUGAAAUCUUCCAACUCCCAGACGGAUGCACAAAGCACAUAGGGCUGUACCAGGCAGCUGUGGGCCAUGCUCUGGAUUUAGAUUAUUGUGACUGAAAAGCCUUCAGGAGCCCAUAGAUUGACUCUAGUUCCAUUUUCUCAGCAUCAAGUGUUUGAGUCUCUGAUGCUUUUUUGCUUGAGUCUCUGAUGCUGGAUCAAAGUUGCUUUCUCAAUCGUAAGGCAUCUUCAGCAUGGUCCCUAUCUCUGAUCACUUACCCCAGAGCAAAAUGUUCUUGGGAGGAGGCCCCUGGUGAGGUCUUGGACACACUAGCGUUGAGUCAUGAAGUUUGGCAGCAUUUCCUACCACUGACAGGUGGCAACAGGGAGAAAGGCCCGUUAACAUGUUUUCAUGGGAUGCAAAUUGGCUGGCCACAUGGGAUGGAGAGCAGCUGGCCCUGCCCUGGAACUUACCUUCUUGCUGGGACCACAUUCCAUCUUGAUUUUAGACGUAGGGGUGCUGUGACUCAGUGCGACUCCCUUGUGCCAUUUAAACACAGCUCUCUGGAGAGCUGCUAACUGGCUAAGAAAGGAAAAUGAAGGUUGUGCUGCCCUGCCUAAUCUUUGUUCUCAAGUGAAUGAGUUUGUUUUAGCAGGGUCUCACAAUUCACAGGAUACGGGCUGUAAUCACUGACACAGUGACUGGUGCUUGCUGUGAGACCGUAAGAACCCGUAGGAGCUCCGUUCUGGGCUUUUGGUUGGUGGUUGUUUUUUCCCUUGGCUGAGUCUAGGAGCCAGCGUUUCCUAAGAUUUGAAAUAAAAUGUCCAUUUCCAUUGAAGAAGAGGAUACAAUUGUUGGAAUUGAAGGGGGAGAGAGAGAGAACAGUUAAAUGAGAGGGCUCAGUUUGCAGUGCUUUCCCAACUUCCCAUCUUCUCCAAUCCCUGGGAUCUGCUCCCCCAUCUGAGACUUGCCCUGCAAUGUCUUAGGGGCUCUGCUGCUUUUUCCCCCAUCCCCUGUGCUCCUCUGUAUCUUGGCUCAGCCCGGCCCUGCAGCAUCCCAGGAGCUGUCCCAUCUCCAGCUGCUCUGGUCCUAGCUUAGCCCUGCCAGUCCACACUAGCACUCCUGCCAUUGCAAGCAUCAGUGGAGUGCACCAAGCUACAGCUGUGGAAGAGUUUCCCUGAAACAGUCAGGGUAGGUGCAGGCUCAGUUUUUCCCUUGUGGGGACCCAAUGGCAUGUUCACCUUAAGGGGAUCAGCUGCAAUCACGGGAGUCCUGCACGUCUGUGGACCUGCCCUUGAUCUCACAGCUCCCGGACUUGCUGAUAGAGCCAAAAUCUUCUCAGCCAUUGCCUUGGUAACCUCCAAGUGCCUCUCUGCUGUCCAGGCCUUGCUCCACCCCACGCUGAUACCUCCAUGAUCCUUCUGGGUAGGGAUGUCUGUAGCAUGCAGCUGGCCUUCUUAGCUUGUUGUGCAUGGAAGGAAAAUAGAGGAACAGCACUGGCAUGGCUACAGACCUUCCUGUCUCCUACCAUUCCAUUCAGUCUCCUACAGGAGCUGCUCACACACAGCCCUGGGGUAGCAUGUUGGCAGGUGGAAAGCAGCAGCCCACAGGAGGGCAGCUUUAAAUAUCGCCUCUUUCUUAGCUUAACAAAGGCACCUCCUGAAGCCUUCCCAGCAGCUCUUUGAGUACUUAAACCCUACGCCAGCAAGAAGGAUUCAGCCACUUUCCUAAAGACCUUACUGCCAGCCCCAGAGGGAUGCUGACAAUGGGCCCACUAUGCGCUAGCAAAUCCCAGGGAAGGAAAGGCAAUGGGAAACAGAUCAGGAAGGCCAGGGCAUGUGCAAGGUGCAGAAGACAAGCUCGCAGGAGAACCUAUCCGGGGCAAUUACCAAUAGAGCUUGGAUUUGGUUAAUCCUAGAGUCAUACUGGUGCAAACCUUGGCAGAGGCCUCAGGCAGUGAGAAGUUCCCCUACCAGGGAACUAGGUUACAGUGACGCAACAUAGCUUCAACUUCUGCAGUGGGGCAGCUGUAAGGGGCCAGCCCGGCCCCAACAGUGGAUAGGCUGAACAGACAGAGGUGUGUGCCAAUUGUCACUCUCCUCAGCUUUUCCCACCAGCACAGCUCGUCUGGAUCCGUGGCAGAGUUGUCAGCCCAACUGAGAGUAACAUUGCCUGUCCCCCCUUGAGCCAAGUCCCUCUCCUGGAGUCUCACUGCUACAGAAGAGUGUAUCUUCUAUCUCCUUAAAUCUGACCCCCAGGGUCCAAGUCCGCCCUUAAUUAUCUCCAUGGAAGCCCAUUAUUGUUAAGAAGGUUGCCCCAGGGGGCCACAGAAAAGUUAUUAGCACAAGUGCUCAGUCAAGUCGCUCCCUGGCUCGCUCUCUCUGGUCUGGGUCACAAUUCUGAAUUAGUCACAUUUCCAGAGACCAGGACAAUUGACAUCAAAGCAGCUCCACAACAUGGGAGCAGAAAGGCUAGUCCACAUUCUGCAGCUGACUGAGGAUCCAGGCACCAAAUCCACACCCCGCCCCAGUGGCGGCAGCAGCAGGACUAGUGCUUAGUGGCUAGAGACUUCCCAAGGGGAAGAUGACUUGGGUGUUCUUCAGAAGCAUUUCUGUAAUGUGCUCGGGGUGUCCGAGGAAGCAAGAGAGGUGGUGAGGGGCCUUGUGGGAAAGAUACGAGGUGGUCAUUUCUGUGACGGUCAGCCUCUUUGGAGGAAUGUUUCCUCUCUCCAGGUGCGCUCGCACUCUGAGCUGGGUAGUGGAGGGGGAGGCGUGUGUCCGAAGUGUCUUUGAGGGAAAUGGAGACGGGUUGUACAGUUCAUGAUGUACAUGAUGUAUGCAGUUUUGUUUCUGGGUAAUUUCUUUUUAUUUUGGUUAAAUGUUUUUAAAAAGAAUUAAGGUUUUUAGGAAGCUCUAGGGGGAAGCUGUAAAUCUGACACCUCUAUUUAUUUUGCCUUAUUUUAGUUUGCUAUGUUUGCAUGUAUGCACCGCACUACAGCAAAGACUAUUGAGACUGUGCCAGGGCAUUACACCAGCUAGCCGGUCUGCUUGGCAAUUCCGGGCUGGGCUGCAUGUCAGCAGUUGGAGGGGGCGGGGAGGGAGCGUUCCCUGGGGUUUUGUAUCUCCACUGGCCCAUGCCUCCCGAGCUUUUUCUUUUAGACCAAUUACAGCUUUGUUACUUUCAUACACAUUGUGAUUUUACUUUAUCUGAAUCCCGAGCAGUGGGCUAAAAGGUAUUAGCACUCUCCUCAGACUCUGCCCACAAUC